AUGUUAUCAGCAAUCUUGUGGACCAUUUUUGGGCUCUUAAUUUGGGCAAUUCCCAAAAUUUUGGGCUAUAUUAAUCAUCGCCAGAAGCUGAAAACGCUCAUCAAACAGCGUCAAGCUGAUAGGAAAGUAAACUUCGAUUGGGCUAGAAAUAAUUUCGAAAAACUGGACCCAGCUCGUGCGGCUGAAAUCAACUUCCAGGAGUUCCAGAAUCUUCGAGAAUCGCUAAAAAAUGGCAAUUUUCAGCCAGUGGAAACUUUAAGAGCAUUCCAGCGGAAGGCUUUUGAGGCUAACGAGAAGACCAACUGUGUUUGCCUUUUUAUUCAGGAGGCUCUGGAGAUUGCUCAGCACUUGGAGACCCUUGCCAAGGAUCCGGACUACAAAAAACCGCCACUUUUCGGUGUCCCCGUCUCCAUAAAAGAGUCGAUUCAUGUGAAAAAUAUGGAUUCGACACUGGGAUAUUCUCAAAACAUCAAUAAUCCAUCGAAAUCCAAUUCCUUAUCAGUUGAUCAAUUGAUAAGACUUGGCGCCGUUCCAUUCGUUCAUACCAAUAUCCCAAUUGCAUUGCUCAGCUUUGGAUGCUCGAAUCCGGUCUAUGGAUCCACCAGUAAUCCCUUUGAUACGACCAGAGUGCCCGGAGGCUCAUCAGGCGGUGGAGCCGCUCUCGUUGCACUUGGCGGGAGUGUUCUGGGAAUUGGAACCGAUGUUGGCGGAUCCGUCAGAACUCCAGCAUCAUUUUGUGGAAUCGCUGGCUUUAAGAGCUCAUCCGAUCGAUCGCCACAAUUGGGAAAAACCGCGUCGAUUCCAGGUCGUCAGCUCCUUCUCUCCGUCGAAGGACCGCUCGCAAAGAACAUCGACGUCUGUGUGGAGUACCUUCGUUUAAAAUGGAAUGAUUUGGCGCUUUUCGAAAAAGAUGUGUACCUACCGCCUGUCAAAUUCCGAGAGGACAUUUAUAAUGCUAAAAAUUCGCUGAAAAUUGGAUUUUACCUGAAUGACGGCUAUCAGAAGGCCUCUCCAGCCUAUGAGAGGGCUGUAAAGGAGACAGUGGAGGUUUUGAAGGAUCUUGGACAUGAUCUUAUCGAGUUUGAAGUCCCUCGUCCCGACCACAUGUACAGUAUCUUUUGCGCCGGCGCCACUGCCGAUGGUGGUCUCUACCUGAUGAAUAGUCUCGCAAAUGACAUAAUUCCUCCAGAAUCCAACAUUGGAUUCCCUGUAGCCCGUUUGCCCCAUUUUGUACAACGAAUUUUGAGAAAAUACUGGCCAAAUCGGCGGGAACGACAGAUUAUUCAGCAGCUGCCGCAUGAUACAGAAGAAAUGCGUCUAAUGCACGAGAAAAUCGAGGACUACCGUCAUGAAUUCGUCAUGGCGAUGCGUGCGAAGGGUCUCGACGCGAUAGUGUGUCCAUCGUUCGGUUGUCCACCCCCACACCACGGGGUUCCCAACAAAAUUAUGUCCGCAACCAGCUACACGGCACUCUAUAAUUUGAUUGAUUUCGCGGCGGGUACUGUACCGGUUACUGUACAGAAACCAGAAGAUGAGCAGGAGUUGAGAAAGGUUAAGACCGAGGACUCGUGGGACCGUAAAAUCGUGUCAGAAUCGAAGAAUUGUGAUGGGCUUCCGGUUGCAGUUCAAAUCGCCGCUCCACCAUUCCGCGAAGAAAUGGUCUUGAGACUAUUGAGAGAUGUUGAGGAGAGGAUUGGAUUGUAUUACAAAAAUUGA